ACUGGAAAUGGAAAAGCAGCCUGUAAAAGAAAUAUAAAACCCUAAACCCCUCUUUUUUAAAAAAUAAUUUAAGUUCAAUUUAUCAUUCUUCAUCCUUUCUUCAAAUCUAGUAGCAGUAUCCGCAGGCAGACCAAUCUACAAGAAGGUAUUAUUAAUCCGAUUUCACUUAAUAUGGCCUCCUCGUGCAGUAAUCUGUUGUUAUAAUUUCCCGCGUUUUAAUUUACUUGAAUUUGUAUUUUCACUUAAUUGAAUUUUUAUUUUUCAAAAUUCAAUUUGUAUAUCCUCAAUUAAUUUCCUCCUCAAUCAAAUUUAUCAUCGAUAUUGUAAGUUUACUCUAAUUAUUUGAUUAUUUAAAUUUGAUCAAUAUGUUCAUGAUAAUAUGACUAAUAUCAUGAUUCAUGUUAUAGUGUUACUCCGUCUUCCCUUGUUCAAUAUGUUUAUGAUUAUUUUCCGCAAACAGUAUUCUCCACAAUUGCAAACAGCUAAUUAAAUCCGUAUCAGAUUGAUAGCAAGUUACUAAUUGUUCUAUUUUACAAUUCUUAUAAUUUGUAAUGUGAUCAGGCGCUAUUCUUUCUUGAUUUAUAUUAAGUAAAGAUAGAUUUUAUGUAAAUUAGAGUUUUCUUAGAAUUACAAUUCCUCAUAGACUUAGGAUUGUACUACUAUAUAUAUUUCACUAAUGAGAACCUCCCACAUAGGGAGAAUUACAUUAUUCUACAAUCCUUUCUUCAUAUCCAGCAGCAGUAAACGCAGACCAAUCUACAAAAAAGUUGACUAAGUUAUGAGGGAAGUGAUUCUUGGCUUGCCUGGACCAUGGGCUGAUCAUAAUCUAGAGCUUGCUGAUCAUUAUACUACCAAAAUCGGAGGUCUUCCUGACUGGCCUUUUCCCGAGUCAUCUUUAGGAUUGGAUUUCAUCGAGUGUGGUUCGUGUCGAAGUAAAUUGUGCCUAAUUUCACAGGUAUAUGCACCAAUUCAUGGUGCACCUCUGAAGAUCGAAGAGCGUGUAAUUUAUGUACUUGGUUGCCCUAAUCCACCUUGCAGAAGCUGGCGUGCUAUUCGUGUUCAGAAGCCUGGAAACUGUGGGGAACCAGAACUUGUCGACUCACAAGCGGCCUCAGCAAUUGUUUCAUCUUCGGCUUCUGAAAUUAAGGCUUCCAAUGAUUUGUACUCAUUUGAAGCUGAAUCAGAGGAUGAUGGAGAUGAUGAUGAUGAUGAUAUAAACUUGGAGGAAUUGGGUAGGGCUCUAUUUGAAGCUGCAAGCCUUGCUUCUAAGCCAGCUAAACAAGAUGUCAAGAGUAACACUGAGACCAAAACAAUACCUCCUUCAUUGAAUCCGAAUUCUAGAAAAGUUGAUGCCACUAGUAUGGAACUUCCUUGCUUUUACGUAUACAGUCAAGAGGAUAAAUCUUCCCGGGAUUCAUCCGCUGUUUGUUCCAGUUAUCCUUCACUUUCAGCCGAGGAGGCACAAGCUAAAGAUAGUAACGAUCCAAUAGAGGAAGAAACCUGGGAAGAAGAACGCUAUGAGUAUGACAAAGCUUUAAGUGCAGAUAGAAUUUACCUGAAGUUCAAGAAAAGACUGGACAAAUGGCCAGAACAAUGUUUCAGGUAUUGCUUUGGGGGGAAGCCUCUGUUGGCUACUGGAGAUAUCGCUGAUCCUAAAACAUGUGACCUUUGUGGUGAACCAAGGCACUUUGAGUUGCAGCUUAUGUCACCAUUAGUUUAUUUUCUACAAGAAGGAGCUAUAGGUGGACAAAGAAAUUUGCUGGAGAACUGGAAUUGGAUGACGCUCAUCGUAUAUACAUGUUCAAAGAGCUGCUUUCAGAGGAUGGAUUCUGAAGUGGCCAACUUGCAUCAAUGGAGUGUGGUAGAGGAGACUGUUAUAGCACAGUUUGAGAAGCCUCUGACUAAAUCAUCUUGUCUAGGUUACUUCUCUUAAUUUAUACUUUAUAGUAUCAAUAUAUCUUUGCUUGUCAUUUUCACGUUUUCUUGUUGGGAGCUUUCAUAGCUAGUCACUGAAAUUGUAAAUUUGAUAGUUUUGUUUAUCAGCAUUUUAACAGUUUAUACAUUAUAUGAUCAAAACUUGUGAGCAUUUAUCGCCUAA